CAUUAAUUGGAGCUCGCCAUCUUCAAGCGCUUUUACUUUACCUGUCACUUAUGGUCAAUUAUGUUUCAAGACUUAACAUUGCAGUUUCCUUGGUCGCUAUGACCGAUGCUCAGACUACAAACCCGAACUUUCCUGAAUUCGAUUGGGAUGAAAAACAAAAAUCAUAUAUUCUCAGCAGCUUCUUUUGGGGCUAUAUUGUAUCACAGAUUCCAGGAGGAUAUGCAGCUCGAAGAUUUGGUGUCAAAGCAUCUAUUCUAAUUGGCACAUUUGGAAGUGCAAUUUUGGGUCUUGCUGUACCGUUUUGUGUAUUCUGGGGAGGUUGGCAAAUUUAUUGUGUCAUUCGUGUUCUUCAGGGUUUGUGUCAGGGUAUACUUUUCCCUUGUGUUUAUCAACAUCUUGCUAUGUGGUCACCAGUGGAAGAACGAAAUCGACUUGGUGCACUCACUCAGACCGGUAUUGAAAGCGGUACGAUAGUGUCAAUGUAUGUUACUGGUAUGAUUGCUGCAUCGGAUUUGGGAUGGCCAGGAAUUUCGUAUAUUUUCAGCGGCGUUGGAGUGGUUUUUAGUUUAAUUUGGUUUAUAUUUGCUGAAAAUACUCCAGCUGAUGCAAAGUUUAUAACUUCUGCAGAAAGAAAUUAUAUUCUCUCUUCUCAAGCAAGUGUUAAAAAUGACCAAGAAAAGGAGAAAAGUAUUAAAGUUCCAUGGAAAGCUAUAUUAACUUCUGGUCCAUUUAUAUCACUUUUAGUAGUACGAACUUGUGACAGUUGGGGCUUUUCGACAAUGCAAGCUCAAAUUCCAGCUUAUCUUCAUGGAGUUUUGAAAAUGGAUAUUACCAAAAAUGCCUUAUACUCAGCCCUUCCAUAUGUAGCGUCGUUUGUGUUAGCGUUUACUUUCAUGAUAUCAGCGGACGUAAUAUUGAAAAACAAAUGGGUUACGUUGCAGGUACUACGAAAGAUUUUUAGUACAAUUGCUAUGUGGGGCUCUGCAGCAUUUUUAAUUGGUAUUGGAUUUCUUAGUGAAACUCAAACAGUCUUAGCUAUAACCUUUUUAACUUUAAAUGUCGGUUUGGAAAGUGGUUCGGUCAUAGGAAAUUUGUUGAAUCUAAUUGAUUUGUCACCAAAUCAUAGUGGAAUUUUGAUGGGUGUUGCUAAUACCUUGAGCAAUGUUGUUCCAAUUUUCUGUCCAAUUGCUGUGGGAAUAAUUGUUAAUGAUGAGACCGAUCGAACGCAAUGGCAGAUUGUUUUUUUGAUAUCAGCUGGAUUAUAUUUUGUGGGAAACUUGCAAUAUUUGUUCUUUGCGCAAACUGAUGUACAACCAUGGGAUAGUGAAGAUUUUAUGACGAAACAUGAUAAUGAACGAGGAGGAGUUAAAUGGACGAAAGCACCUGUGAAGAAUAGUUAG